GGGAGAGAGAAAGGUGCGGUUUGUAGGGCCCUCGCUUCGUCGAAGCAAGCAAACCCUAAAAGUUCUUGGAGAGCUGUGAAAUUUUGGAGCUUUGAUCCCCCUUCCUUUUGACCUCGGGAGCCCUCCGAAUCCUUCGAUUCGCCAAUAAGCUGCAAGAAAUUUUCUUCCCUCGGCUCCUUGUUCUUUUCUCCCUGCGGAUCUGAUGGCAACUAAGCCAUUAACAACUGAAGCAAUUGCCCUGACUGAGAAGAAGAUGGAUAUGACCUUAGAUGAUAUUAUUAAAAUGUCAAAGAAAAACCCAAUGAAGGGCAAAAGACCUCAAAGGCCACCGAUCAAAAGUCAAGGUUUCCAGAAUGGCAAUGCUUCCCAUGGUAACACCAGGAUGCAGCGAUUCAUAGAUUCUAGAUCAUCGAUCAGACAAGGUGUCCUUGCAAAGAGGAGGUCAAAUUUUCAUAGUGAUAAGUUCCCAAUAACAACAGAGGUGGCCCGGAAGGCUGCGGUCAUGCCUGUUAGCAACAGAAGGAUAAAUCGGAAUGGACCAAGGGUUACAGCCACAACUAUUCAAAGAAAAGGUUAUGAUAAUGGCUUCAAUGUAAAGGAUAAGGCAGUUGCCAAGCAGAAGCCUCAAACCUUAGAUGCUCUCUUUGCAAAUAUGAAAGAGCAGAGGAUGAGGCUGAUGUCCCAGAAGGUAAACCAUGAAAAUGCUGUCAGAUUGCACAAAAGGCACAAUGUCCCAUGGCAGCAACAGGGAAGUGGCGUAGCACGUGGGGGCCCUCGCCGGCAGUUUGCCAACUUUGCUAAAUGAGGAUAAUUUUGUUGACUAUGGUUUCUCAUUUCAUCAACUCUAUACAGAAAUUUCUCUGUGGUUGCUACUAGUGUGUUCUUCAAAUGGGGGGGGCCACUCUUUGCAGUUUGCAAAAGCUGCAAAAGUGGUUUGUUUCAUUUGCCAGUAAAGGUACAUCUUGUGGUUAAUCAAUUGCUAGCUGCUUUAACAUGCUUUUUUAA